CUCGAUAUCUUAUUCUAACACGAAAUGGAGACACAUGCGUCCGUACCACUGGGUCCCGAAGAUCAGGCCACAGUCAAGACCGAAUACGAUGAAUUCCUCAGAUCUGUUCGGGUCAAGGAGCUGCCCAUAUCGGCUCUGGCACAACUCUCGCUUGAUGGUCCUCAGUACAAACCAGUCCAACCAAAAAUCGCACACACUUUUGCCAUCCCAGGUCCCCGUCCCAAAACCAAUCUGGCCAUUAGCAGUGUGUCUGGUGGCCAGGAUCUCAUUAAUGUCCCGACGGCGACUGUUUUCAUACCGAUUCAAGCUUUCACGAGCAAUGUGGUUGGACCCAUUAAUCCCGCGCCGGACGUUUCGACACCGCUUGAUAUCAAUGUGAUUGGUGCCAAGAAGGAACCCGUUGAGUGCCCGCCGUCUGUUUCACCACCGCUGGACAUUAAGACAGAGGUGGAGGUGGCCCUUGCGGCCAUUGAGCUUGCCAUUGAGAUGGAAAAUGUACGGGAAAAUAACCCAGAAGAGGCACAAGAGAAAUCACCGGAGAAAAACCGCACUCCCGUGGAGAAGCCCGAUGAUGCCACUCUAAAUCCUAAUCCGCGGUAUAUACCGAUCAAGAGCGCCAAGUACUACACAAAGAAGCUACUCGUUCGGGUGAAGCGCAUUGAUCAGGACGAGUAUUUGCCGCUGUCCAGCAUGGCAAAGCGCCCAAAGAAACGUGAAUCCAUGUACAUCAAAUGCACAUAAGUUUAUUUUAAAAAAUACAUUACUAUAAAUUACAACUUAA